UUUAUUUGUUUUUGUUGUAGUUUUUCCCUUAGUUAAAGCUUCCUCUCUUCCUUCUUCUCUCUCCUCCCCCUGCAACGGCUAAUCAGAUCAUUCCAUGCUAAUGCUUUCCUAGAUUUUCCCUCGCUUUCUUCCAUUUUCUCACUGACCAAACACCUCUCCAUUCUCCAUCUUAGCCUUUCUCUUAUUAUCAUUUUUUCUUUCCUCUUCUCCGUUGAUUCGUUUCUCUUAGUUUUUCACUUCACUCAACCAUACUGUUCAUGAUUUUGGCCGGUAGCUGCUAGAUCGGUGUUCUAACUUCAAUUACUUCAAUUGAAGAGUUGUCAGUGGCGGAAUUGGAUUUUAGACUCGGUGAUCAAUUAUGGUACAAUCGAGGUUUCCAGGAGAUUUGGAGAGUUCUGUGUGGUUGAAGUUAGGGUUUGGUUUUGGAGUUGCCGACAACGGGAGGUUCUUGGUUGAGGUGGUGAAUGGAACGGUCUGGUUUUGAGAAUGGGUGAGCUUCACCUGAGCUAGUGUUUCGAUUCAGUUUUCUGUUUCUCUUUUUUUUUUUUCUUUUUCUGCGGUGGCGUUUGGAUUCAAUAAGACAUCCUUUGGCUGAUGUUGCGCACGGAUAGGAUGGCCUCGGAUCUUAGCAGGACUGGACCUGUAGAACGGGACAUUGAGCAGGCCAUCACUGCUUUAAAAAAAGGGGCAUACCUGCUAAAGUAUGGAAGAAGAGGAAAGCCCAAGUUUUGUCCCUUCCGCCUUUCCAAUGUAGGUUUGGUCUAUGUCUUUCAGCUUGCUUGAGCCUUUUAUUAUGUUUCUUUAAGUGUGUUGAUAUCAGCAGAGUGGGUGGUUGCUUUUAUUUGAAAAGAAUUACUAACUGAUUUGAGUAUAGCCAGAACAAUUAGUUUUAUGGUGUUAAUGUCAUUGGUUACAUGAGGCUGAAAGCAUGGAAAGAAAUUACACAGGCAUGC